AUGAUGUUUAGUGCAGGGGAUCUACGCCGUGCUAAUGGCCUCCUUGCACGGUAUGGUUUUGUGCUUCAUGAAGAUGGAAGCCCGUCAAUAUUGUUUUACAACUUACUAAUGAAGGGUUAUAUAAGCUCCGGUUGUCCUCUGGCAGCAUUAGGUGUGUACGAUGAAAUUCAACAGCAGGGAAUGAUACCUGAUAAGCUCACAUAUAAUACUCUGAUCUUUGCAUGUGUCAAGACUGAAAAAUUGGAUGCUGCAAUGCGUUUUUUUGAGGAAAUGAAGGUCCAAGCUCAGAAAGUUGGGCAUGAUGAUCUUUUCCCAGAUGUUGUCACAUACACUACAUUGCUAAAGGGUUUUGGGGAUGCCAAGAAUCUUCUUUCAGUUGGGAAGAUUGUGUCAGAAAUGAAAUCAUCUUGUGACUUGUCUAUUGAUCGGAUCGCAUACACUGCUAUUAUUGAUGCGUUGCUAAAUUCUGGUUCAAUCAAAGGUGCUCUCUGUAUGUUUGGGGAGAUAUUGAAAAAGGCUGGUGGAAAUCCUGGCUUGCGGCCGAAGCCUCACCUCUAUCUUUCCUUGAUGCGUGGCUUGGCUGUUAAGGGAGACUAUGGUCUGGUUAAAUGUCUGCAUGAACGCAUGUGGCCGGACUCAGCAGGAACUAUUUCCUCCAAAGUUCAAGUUGAAGCUGAUCACCUUCUCAUGGAGGCAGCUCUAAAUCAUGGCCAGGUUGAUGUGGCUGUACAAAAUCUAUAUCACAUUAUUAGAAAAUGGAAGGGAAUAUCAUGGGCUAGUCGAGGAGGAAUGGUUGCUGUACGCAUUGAGGCAUUGCUGGGGUUCACUGCAUCCAUUUUUGGUCCUUACAUGCUUUCUCAGGUGUCAGUUAGUGCUGCAAUUGAGUGCAUUAUGAUACCAUUUGAAGAAGCUCAGCCAUUACAAGCUACCUGGCACCUGAGGCAAGUGGUGCUGCGUUUCUUCAGAGAUUCAGUUGUGCCCAUCAUAGAUGUCUGGGGAAGCUGUGUGGGAAUACUACAUCGGGAAGACUGCAAUAUGGUUGCUGUACGCAUCGAGGCAUUGCUGAGCCUCACUGCUUCCAUGUUUGGUCCUUACAUGCUUUCUCGGGUGUCAGUUAGUGCUGCAAUUGAGUGCAUUAUGAUACCAUUUGAAGAAGCUCAGCCAUUACAAGCUACCUGGCACCUGAGGCAAGUGGUGCUGCGUUUCUUCAGAGAUUCAGUUGUGCCCAUCAUAGAUGACUGGGGAAGCUGUGUGGGAAUACUACAUCGGGAAGACUGCAAUAUGUUGGAUGCUCCACUUUCAACAAUGAUGAGAAGCCCACCUCCUUGCGUCACAAGCUUGACAUCUAUUGGUCGUGUCAUUGAUUUGAUGUUGGAGAAGAGGUACAAGAUGGUAAUUAUUGUAAAAUAUGAUGAGUUUCAUGGUAUGUCUUACAGCUUUAGUUUAAGGGCCGUUGGUGUUUUUAAAUUUGAACAACUCUGUAAGCUUGCUAUUCCGGCAUCAAAGCUGCAGGGGCAACAACCUUACACCUCUCGAAUAUGAGAAUAGAUUCCCUACUUUAUUUUCUGCUUCCUUCACUCUCAAGUUUAAAUUUUCUUUUCUCUGAAAAUUUCAGACCCUUGUUUCACCUAUAAUUCAUUCAUAGUAUGUGAAGGUGAUGGGGAACAUAAAGGGGUUCCUAG